UCUUUAUGUCUAGAGGGACCACUAGCCUGGAAGUGCAAAUACUAAACUAGGUUAAGGGAAGGGGUGGGGGCUGAUAUUUUUGAGCAGGGAAUCAGCUGUGCUGCAUGUCACUCGCCGUCUAUAGUAGAAAGAUCACUUUAUACAGGGGCUCUGAGCAUUUCCAGCUCCCUGGAAUGGCUUCACCUACAAACAUGCUAGCCGAAGAGCAGGUCCAUUGUUCCAUCUGUUUGGAUGUCUUCACCAAUCCAGUGUCCAUCCCCUGUGGCCACAACUUCUGCAUGGGCUGCAUUGGUGGCUACUGGAAGACCAGUUCCCUCUUCAUGUGCCCCAUGUGCAAGAAAACCUUUUUCAAGCAGCCAGACAUUAGCAUCAACACGGUACUGCGUGAGAUUGCAGAGCAGUUCAAGGAAAUGAGAAUCAAGCCUGUCCUGAAGCAACAGCAGUCCCAGCAACAACAUGAGCCAGAGAAACUACUGGAAGAGCUACCCUUGGAAAUACCAGAAUUGAUUCCCCCAAGUGGGCCUUUGAUUGAGGCAGUGUGUUGUGACGUCUGUACUGGGCCUCAGAAACAGGCUGUGAAGUCGUGCCUGGUGUGCCUCACUUCAUACUGUGAGGAACAUCUAAAGACACACACAGCAAGAUUCACUAAACACAAAUUGAUUGAGCCAGUGCAGAAUCUGGAAGACCGCAUGUGUAAGAAGCAUGAGAGGCUGCUGGAACUGUUUUGUAAGAAAGAUCAGAUCAUGGUGUGCGUGCUCUGCACAGAGAUGGACCACAGGGCACACUACACGGUGCCGGUCGAACGAGAAUGGAGUGAGAAAAAGGCUCUGCUACGAAAAACAGAGGCAGAGGUUCAGCAGAUGAUCCAGGAACGACUCAAAAAGGUGGAGAACAUCAAACACUCUGUCGAAUUGAAUAAACACAGCGCUCUUAGGGAGAUUGAGGACAGUAUGCAGGUGUUCUCAAACGUGGUCCGUAUGGUUCAAAAAGCCCAGGCUGAGCUCAUUCUUGCCAUAGAAGAGAAGCAGAGGAAAACAACGAGCUGGGCUCAGGGACUCAUCGAGGAACUAGAACGGGAGAUUGACAUGCUGAAAACAAGGAACAGUGAGAUAGAACAUCUUGCUCACACUGAUGACCACAUUUACUUUCUUCAGAAACUCCCAUCUCUAAUCACCCAUCCACAAGCUAAAGACUGGUCUGAGGCCCAUGUGCCCACAGAUCAGUGUCUGGGGACAAUCAGGAGAGCUGUGUCCAAGCUUGAGGAAAGCCUGAGAGAAGAGAUAGAGAAACUUGCAGAAACUGAGCUGAAGACUGUUCAGAAGUACUCAAUGGAUGUGACCCUUGAUCCUGACACAGCCAAUCCUUGGCUGCAACUCUCUGAGGACAGACGACAGUUGCGUCACCUGGGGGCAUGGCAAGACCUGCCUGACACACUAGCGCGUUUUGACACAGUGGUCAUCACCCUGGGCCAUGAAGGUUUCACCUAUGGUCGCCAUUACUGGGAGGUCCAAGUGGGUGAAAAAGAUGACUGGUACCUGGGUGUUGCCAGAGAGUCUGUCAACAGGAAAGGGCGGAUUGCUAUAAGCACGUCUCAAGGCUAUUGGGCAUUGGCUAUGAAGAAGGGACAGGAGUACAGAGUCUCCUCAUCUCCACCUCUUAUUCUUUCUGUCAACCCCAAGCUGAAGAGAGUGGGCGUGUAUGUGGAUUUUGAAGAAGGACAGGUGUCAUUUUAUGAUGCAAUAUCAAGUAGUCACAUCUACACCUUCAUGGACUCGUUCCAAGAGAAAAUAUACCCGUUUUUCUACCUUUAUUGCUGUGAUAAGGCCUCGGACAUACUGAGCAUCUGUCCAGUGAUGGGGGUAACACACAACAAACAGUGCUGAACACUAUUACAAGGACAAUAAGAAAACGUUUAAAUUUUACAUUUUAAUCCAUUUUUUUGUUUUAUGAAACUAUAUUAUGUGUUGGUGCUUUAAAAUGACACCUAGUGGCUGAGUGAAGUGAAGCAUCAAUAUCAACCCUGGUGUUAUGGAGAUGCAACUGCUUGUGCUUCAAAAUAUCAAUAACUUAAGAACUGACAGAGCUGUUGUUACAGCCAGGCUUUUAAUAUUAAACUAAUAAAAUGUCUUAAAUGUAAAUGCUACCACAGUGUAAUUUUUGGGGUCUAUGGUUUGGAAGGCUUAGAAAAAAAUGUCUGAUGAUUUUAAUGAAUUAAUAUAUUUUCUGAAAUGAAUCUAACAUGUAAAUGUCAAUAAUUGGAUUAUAUUAAUAAUACAAAAUUGAUCUGCAAUUAAAUUAGAUUACUCCAAUAAAAUGAAAUCCUCUGUCUAUUCAUCUGUCAUUUACAUGUACAGUAUUUGCUGUGUACACUCCUAUUCCAUUCAUUAAUAUACUGCAAUCAUGGAUUAUUAUCUUUACAAUUUUCAUAAAUGUAAAUAAGUGGAAUACUCAAAACCCUGUCUAAAGAAGUGUUAUUUUUAUUCUUUUAGUUACUAAUUUACUCUCAUGUUCUUGAUGUGCAUGAGGAUGCUGUGCUUUCUGCCCACACACAAACUGUUCCCUAACA